AUGAUUUUCGCCAUAGGUCGUCUUCGCCGACAACAACAACAACAACAACAACAACAACAACAAGUACAACAACAACUGGAACAACGACUACGAAAACGACAACAACUACAACGACAACUACUACAACUACAACAACAACAACUACAACAAUUCCAACAACUAAAACAACAACGACAACAAGUACAACAACAUCAACAAAUACAUCAAAAGAUGUUUAUGGUUCCUUUGGCUCGUGGUUCAUUAACAUAUUGUAUUACUUCGGAUGCUCCAUUUGAGGCACAAAUUACGGCCUCAGGUCCGGUGGUUGUGAUCGAGCCUGCUGGUGGUGGUGGUCUUCAGGCUCGUGGUGGUAGUGGUAGUGGUGGUGGUGGUGGUGUUGGUUUGGUCCCAGUUGUUGUUGAUACCCACAUAUGCACCUAUCGAAAUCAAAUUCGUCAACGUCGUCUUCGACAAGAACGACGACAAUUACAACAACAACAACGUCGACAAAGACGACAACAACAACAACAACAACAUCAACAAUAUCAAAUCGUCUUCGUGGUUGGCUCCUUGCUUGGUGGUGGUAGUGGUGUUGUUACCAUCACCAGUGCCAGUCCCCUGAAUAUUAAUGUUGUUCCGUUCUCGCCGGCUGCUCCUGCUCCACCUCCACCUCCAACAUCUACAAUUAAUCAACAACAACAACUACCUGAUCAUCCGGAUUAUACACAAUUCGAUAUUAAUAACAUUUAA